CUAAAAAUGGAGCAAAGCGUGGGCAAACCCUCCCGGGUAAUCCAUAUCAGAAACAUUCCGACCGACGUUUCGGAAGCGGAAAUCAUCCACCUCGGUUUGCCUUUCGGCAGAGUGACGAACGUCUUGGUGUUGAAAGGAAAAAAUCAAGCCUUCCUCGAAAUGGGCGACGAACAAUCUGCCACCACGAUGGUCAACUAUUUUUCCACAUGCAUAGCCCAAUUGAGAGGACGGGCAGUGUACGUUCAAUAUUCGAAUCACAAAGAACUCAAAACGGACCAGACGCAUUCGAAUGCGAAUGCGUCUGCACAGGCGGCCUUGCAAGCAGCACAGGCGAUCACAAACAAUUCCGGUACACCAGCGGUCAAUUCAGUAACUCCAGUCACUAACGGGCAGGACAUACAAGGUGGACCCAACACAGUUCUCAGAGUAAUCAUCGAACAUAUGAUAUACCCCAUCAGUUUAGAUAUUUUACAUUUGAUAUUCCAGCGUUUUGGAAAAGUACUGAAGAUUGUUACUUUCACAAAAAAUAGUUCAUUCCAAGCUUUGGUGCAGUACCCUGACAACCAAUCAGCACAGGCAGCUAAACAGGCCCUAGAUGGCCAAAAUAUUUACAACAGUUGUUGCACUCUUCGCAUCGACUACUCCAAGAUGACGUCUCUAAACGUCAAAUACAACAACGACAAGUCAAGAGACUACACGAAUCCCAACUUACCAACAGGAGAUGGCAAUGAACAACUGGCGCUAACUGGCGGUCUUGCUGGUGGUUUGGGGGCCGAUAUUUUGUUGUUGGCCACUCAGCCAAGGCUUGCAAGGGAAAGAUUGGCAGAUUCAAUUCUCUCAGGUACUCCAGGUGUCCUCAGCAAUCCAUUUAUGCACGGUCUUGCGUCACCACUCGCAGCCCCAUAUGGAGGUGGGGUAGCCGGUGGCAUACCCGGUUUGGCGAACUUUGCUCUCGGCCAGACCGCUCCUGGAUUACGAGGAUUGGCGACUCCUGGACUUGCAAUGGCAACCGUCCUGCUUGUGAGCAAUCUCAAUGAAGAGAUGGUUACGCCUGACGCUCUCUUUACACUAUUCGGAGUCUAUGGCGACGUGCAACGUGUGAAAAUUCUCUACAACAAAAAGGAUUCUGCUCUAGUUCAACUUGCUGAGCCUCAUCAAGCACAUCUAGCCAUUACCCAUAUGGACAAAUUGAAAGUUUUUGGAAAAAACAUUCGGGUAAUGUUGAGCAAGCACCAGUCUGUACAAAUGCCCAAAGAGGGGCAACCCGAUGCCGGGCUUACCAAAGAUUAUAGCCAGAGUCCUUUGCAUAGGUUCAAGAAACCAGGAUCCAAGAAUUACCAAAACAUCUACCCACCAUCUUCUACGCUACAUUUGAGCAACAUUCCAGCCACGGUUAACGAAGAGGAUAUCAAAGAAGCUUUCACCAAAAAUGGUUUCACAGUGAAAGCGUUCAAAUUCUUUCCAAAAGACAAGAAAAUGGCCCUAAUCCAGCUGCCUAGUAUGGACGAAGCAGUAGUAGCACUAAUAAAGAUGCACAACUACCAGUUAUCAGAGUCAAACCAUCUGAGAGUCUCCUUUUCGAAGUCUAAUAUAUAAUGAGUCGAAUAAAUCGAAAACAAAAGAACAGUAUUCAUUCCAUU